AAUUUAUGAUACGGAUUGGGAUUGGUCGGUAUAUAAUUUAUGGACCGGUAUCGGUCCGAAAAUUAGGUCAGGAAUCUCUGAGUUGAUUGGACGCUGGGGCCCACCGGCAGUUUUUUUUUUUUUUCGGACCGAGAUCGGUCUGUAUAAGGCUGCAUGCAGCCUUCUUCCCUGCGUCUCAGCCGUCCCCCCCCCAUUCUGCAAUUCAUCUGGAAUUUUCCUCUGUUUUUUCUUUCUUUUUCUUCCUCUCCGCUGCAAGCUUCUCCUCCUCCAAUCUCUGGCCAACCACCGAGCGAUCCAGCGGGACACCCUUCUAUCCACCCAUUUAGAGGUUGCAGCCAGACUCCAGGAUGCCGAGGCAAGAACCCUGGCAACCGAAGACCAUCCCUCGAAAAAUCAACAGGAGGGUCGCGAUGGGCGCCAGAUCUGGAGAACCCAGCAAGCACCGCCACAGAUCUGCCGAAAGGAGAGGUAGGCCGCCGGAUCUGCAAGCAAACAAGAAAAAAGAAAAGCAGAACCCAAGAAACCAAAGCAGAAAACAUAAACCAUAAAACAAAAAGAGCCACCAAAGGGGCCACAAAACCGACAGGCCACAAAGAGCCAUCGGAACAAGGAGCACGAAGCCGGCUCCAUCAUGCUUGAGCAGUCGAAGAACCCGGCGGCUCAAGCACCAAAAACUCGAAAGCCCUAGGGCUUCCGAUCAAAACCACGAAGCACUGGUGAAGGACUGUAGGGUCGAUGUACAUGCAAUUGGUUUUCGCAGGAAUGGAUUUAGAACACGAAAAGAUGGUAAUGUCCUUAAACGAAAAGAAUAAAAAUGUGCACUGGAAGAAGUUUCUGGAUUUUUUCUACUAUAUUCGGACCAAAAUCGGUCUGAAAAAUGAAAAGCAUGGAAGCAU